GCGAGCUCAGCUCACUGGUGACGUGGGAGCUGAUAACUGUAAUCAGCUCAUCGAUUACAUUGGAAUUCCAAGAAGGAAACUCAGCGGCCUUCUAGGUCAUUCCUCGGGGCACGUUGAGCGUCUACUGUGUGCCAGGUCGCGAAUGCUUGAGUACCAUGGUCUGAUUUCUGUUAGUCUGGUUUUGAGGAUAGAGAACAUGGAGGUCCUGGUUAAUAUCCACAGGCCCGCAGUCUGGUCAGGGGCCAAGGUUUCCGACGUUGAGCUGAGCUUAUGUAGUGUGCUUGGGUCUGGCUUGGAAAUGACGCUGAACGCAUGGUAUGGUAUCUGGCACUUGUUAUUGAUUAUCAUUCGAUUAUAAUUUCCUACGUAGUGUACCUGCAUUUCAGGCAGUGGUUCUUUUUCCAGUCGUGGACACAGCUGAAAAUCUGGCGAAAGUUAUAGAUACUGCCCCAGGAAAUCACAUUCUGUCUGUCUGUCUCUCCCUCCCUCCCUCUCUCUCCCAGGAAAUCAAAUUCUCUCUCUCUCUCUCACACACACACACACACACACACACACACACAUGCUUGCCUACGCUAUUAGGGGACUCUCAGAAACCCACUGCAUCAUCAUUAUCAUAAAUAGUAGGAAUAAAGAUGACGGCGGCAGUCAUGGAGUAGGUCAGGUAUGGCUGCAAGCACCCUACAGAUAACAACCUUCACAGGUAUAGAUUGUACAGAUCCAAGGACCUCUGGCCAAGAGCCCCGUUCAACUGGCAGAGGAGGCAACCCACAGUUGGGUGUUCACUUCCCUCCACUGACCUGCCUCAUCUCUGUAACCCUGUGAGGAGGCCAGGAUGCCCACUCUACCAAUGAGGGACAGAAUCCUAGGGACUAACUUGCCCAGGGUAAAACAGCCAGGAAGUGAUGGCGUUUGGCCUCAGGCUUUUCCACGAGGCCCUCUUGUCUUCAGAUUUCCCGUGAUGUUUGUUGGCUUUCUCCAAAACCCGGUUCCUUGUUCCUUUCUGCAUUAAGUCUGAACAUAUCAGCCUGACGUCGACGGCCCUCCCUUCUCCAGCCCCAGCUUCCCAGUCUUACCAGUCUGCUUCAGCUUUCUGGCCUGUCAGCAUUUGCAAACUGACGUUUAUUUUUUUAAGACUAGUCAAGUGCAGUGCAAACUGACUUUUGAUUCCUUCCUCCUCACUUUUGUGCCUUUGACUGUGCUGGGUCCUCCUGCAGUCAGAAUUGCACCCUCUCCAGGAAGAUGACCUCCUUCUUUGCAGUGGCCACCCCAGCCGCCUGGCCUGCUGUGGCCCUAGCUGCUGUAGGAGUGGUGCCCACGACGGCAUUCAGUGGAUGCAUUUAUGGAACCUUGUCUCCCCUUAAGGCUGGUCAAAGGCACGGCUGCUGUUGCUGGGGCACCUCUAGACCGUGGAUCUGAGGCAGCGAGUGGGGCACCUUGUGGGACGAGGGUGGGGAGCGCAUUGCCAGGCUGGAGGUUGGAGGGGAUCUAAGGAAGCUGAGGGCAUGUUCGAGCGCAUGGGAUACUGGGGAGGGGGCUUCUCCAGGCAGAGAGGAGGAUGCAGGCAUGCACAGGGGUGGGGCACACUCUGUGUUGAGAACGAGAGUCUUACAGAGCCUGUGUCUGUGUCCUGCAGGAGUUGGAGAAUCAAUACUCCCCCAGCAGAUGGGUCGUCCGACUGGGAGCAGAGGAAGCCUUGAGGACUUACACACAGAUAGGAAUCGAGGCGUCUGAGCAGCUCAUCUGCCUGGCUUUGGUGAUGUCGGGGGACAUCUGGAGGCACUUCCGUACUAAAACGUGAGCAGAGCCGCUCCCGCCUCCAUGCCUGUUUCCCUCGCGGCGCCCUUCGUCCUUCCUCCCCACCCAGGCCGUGGCCAAUGUCCACAUUGCUCUGAGCUGUUCCCCUGUGGCACUCAGUAUAUAUUCAUAUUGCUCCAUCCUCUGCUGGUUUCAAGUGAGUUUCCAUCUUGUUUGCCUAGAAGAUUAUUUUUCCAAAUAUUUGGGAACGUUCGUGCUCCCUAGAGGGCACAGCCCAGCGUGCGUGGUGCAGAGGAUAAGCAUGUCGUAACGUGGCACCGACCUCCCAGAACCUGGUUCCCUCGGAGACAGACGCCAGGCCUGGGGAGUCCUCUUUCCUGGGAGGUGCUCACAGCUGAAGCUCACUGGUCAACCCAGGGGCGCUUUCAGCCAAAAGGGUUCUACCGCAGCAGAAUCAGAAAUUGCUGCCACUGUAGUGCUGACAGUGACCUGUCUGUUUCCGAGACAGCCACCAGGAGGGCCCGGGCCACCAGGAGGAGCCUGCUGCACAUCCCCUAUGGAGACUCCACAGGGGAGACACUGGACAUCUACCUUCCGCACAAGGCACCUGAAGCCUUUCCCGUCUUCAUGUUUGUGCACGGCGGAUACUGGCAGUGCGGAAGUAAAGACGAGUCUGCCUUCAUGGUGGAGCCCCUGACAGCACAAGGAGUGGCCGUGGUGACAGUGGCUUAUGACAUUGCCCCCAGAGGUAAGAGGGGCGGUGGCUGCAGGUCCAAGGGCUGGUGGGCUUUGAUGGGGAGGGAGGGAGCCCCCAACCUGGCUCGAGCUCUCUGUGCAGGCAGCCUGGACCAGAUGGUAGACCAGGUGACGCGGAGCAUCGCGUUUGUGCAGAAGCGGUACCCGCGCAAUGAGGGAAUUUACCUGUGUGGACACUCGGCGGGGGCCCAGCUGGCCGCCAUGAUGCUCCUGGCCGACUGGACCGAGCUUGGAGUCACACCCAACCUCAAAGGCUUUUUCCUGGUGAGUGGGGUCUACGACCUGGAGCCCAUCCUGUGCACCUCGCAGAACGCCCCUCUGCACCUGACACUGGAGGACGCUCAGAGGAACAGCCCCCAGCUGUUGAUGGCCCUGACGCAGCCUGCGGAUCCCACCUGCCACGUGCUGGUGAUCGUGGGCCAGCAUGACUCCCCCGAAUUCCAGCGGCAGUCCAGGGAGUUUUAUCAGACCCUGUGCCAAGGGGGGUGGAAAGCGGCGUUUGAAGAGCUCCGAGAUGUGGAUCACUUUGAAAUCAUCGAGAAUCUGACCCAGGAGGACUACGUGCUCACACAGAUUAUAUUGAAAACAAUAUUUCAGGAGUUCUGAUGACACCCGGACCCCGGCCUGCAUGCACCCCGAUUCUGGGAGCUACUCAAGGGGUCUUCAGAGCGAAGCCGGCUUCCCAGGGCACCCAGCAUGGCCCAGGGGGGCUUCCUCCCCCGGCAGGAGCCCCUUCUUCCCACUGCCAUGGACGCUCCUGACGGUCUCCUCAUCCUCCCUCCUCUCGGCCCGGAUCUGGCUCUGGGGAAGGUCCACAGGUCACACCCUGAGCUGCCUCUCUGCCAAGUCCGGCCACUGUGCCUGCUGACACGACAUGACAAAAAUGACUCAGCCCCAGCUGCCACCUGUGUUUGUGUGACCCUUAAGCUAAGAAUGGUUUUACAUUUUUAGACCGUUCAAAAAGAACCAAAAAAGAAAUUUCGUAACAUGUAAAAAUUAUAU